AUUACCUCUAGUACUGCUUCGUCUUUUUCCAUCACUCAAGUAGAUCCAGCCUUUUCUUUCCUCUUACCAGCAGCGCGGGAGAUGCUCUUGAAUCAUGCACGCGCGUACCGCAUGGAAACUGGGCAGGAAAUCGAGAACAAAAUCAGCGCUGCGAUAUGGGAAGCACGGCAGCUGUAUCCGACGUUGAUAGCUAUGGAAUGGACGGUCAUAGACCUAGUUUUGCUAAAGAGAGGUCAGGAUCAAGAUCGACGUGUUGCAGGAAAGUGGUUCACGUUCAUAACGAUGAUUCACAGCCUAGCUCAAAGUUUCUGUUGCACCUUAGCGAUGCAGUGGUCAAUCAAACUUCUAGACGGGGAAGAUCUAGAUGAGUUCUAUCACAGUUAGUAUAAAAAACUUACUUACAUUUCUAUUAUUAUUCAUGAUAGAAGAUGACAUUCGUGCCCUUGUUCUAACAUCAAUCACCUUGUUUCUCGUGCCUCGUCUCGUCCAAACGAGUUGGGAACGAGUGCGCAGAUUGCGACUGCCACGUGGAUGCUUGCAGAAGGAGGAAAGGAAGUGGCGAAGAAUCUUCGAGUAGAGAGUGUUCUGUCGAUGGAGAUGAUUCCAAUAGAAUUAAGGGUAGGUUAAAGGUGCUUUUCUUACCGCUUUUUAUGCCUCUCCUAAGGGAGAAAGGCAUAAAAAGCGGGGUAAGCGAGCACCAAAAACCUACCUCUAAUAGAAGCAGAUGCAGAUCAGGAAGUAGAUCAACAAGACGUGAGACGAGGACCAGGAGGAGCUACUAGUACUUUUCUGCCUUCCUGUGAGGAGCUUAGAAACAAGGUCUUUCAACAACUUCAUUUUGGCUCAGUAUCACAUCGUCUCCCUUCCGACGGACCACCACCAGGAGCCCUAGAUGAUCAAGCAAUAAAGCCUUACUCUGAUGCAAUAGCCCUCAUCAUCAAAGUAGACUUUUUCCAAGAUCAAGAUGCUGAAGAUUCACGAGCUGCUUCUGCAGAACAGAGGAGACUGAAGCAACAACCAUCGGAUAUCAUACUUGUAGGCCGUAAUGAGGAAUCAGAAUCUGACGAGCUGACAGCUAAGGUACGAGCAUGGGCUGAGCAACAAGAGCAGUUUCAUAGGAAAAUGAAGGAGGUAAAAAAAGACGUCGAUAAAGGUAAAAAACAUGAUGAAGAUGAUAAAAAAACUACUUCGGCUGGUACAGCUACAGGCCCGGGCAAUCGUGAUGGUCGGGAGACACCUCCUCCGUCUCCAGUGUUUGUAUCAAGCAUGAGUUUCCUUCUUCUUGUCGGUGAGGAACUAGAAUCGACGAGUACAAGUAGAAGGACGUCGUCAAGUAGUUCAACAACCAGAGCUAGUACUACGACGAGUCCAUCUCAACAUCAUGUCAGUGAAGGAUACUACCAGCGUUUGCGGAAGAAGCGGAAGCUAAAAGACGAAGAAGAACAAGAACUGGACUCAACCGGAGAUGCAGAAGGGGAUAUUAUUUAUGCUAGAGGUACUAGUAGCAGGAGCAGGCUCAAGUUUCUGCUGUAUGAUCCGAGCAAAGAGACUGGCAUGGGGCGCGAAAGCUUUUUUAGUUCAUACACGACCACAUCGUGCACUUCUGGAGAAACGACAAGUGGCAUGACGUGGUGGGCGGUGAUGAAUCAGUCUGUCAGAAACUUCGCGACAAAACUACAACAAGAGAAGGAAAGAGAGCUUAGACAACAUCUGAAAGAAGGAAGUCGCAAAGAGAAGGAAGUUGGGGCAUCGCCGUCUUCCUCGACAUCAGUAGGGCCGCUGAAAGCGCGAGCAGGAAUUUACAAGCUGCUAUGAUUAGAAUAUGUGAAAAUGAAAAAGAAGUUGUCCUCCUAACCUUGUCCACCGAUAGCCGUGGCCUAUUUGUUGUCCAAAGAGACACUCAAUCUCAAAAAGUUGCGAUCCUGAUUUACUUAACUAUUACAACUUCAACUCUUAGCUACCAUUUUUUUUGAAAAGCGAAAGCUUGCUUCGUGAGGAUGUUUCUUCUAGAGAAGAUGUAGUCGAGCAAAGGUGUUUUGCUAGAGCCAGUUGAUCAAUGGUAAUACUCAGCGUUACUUGAUAGCUAAUAUCUUUAGCUUGAUAUAACUCAAGAAUGUAUAUCCCAUCUCCAUGCAAUGCAUUACCAUUACCAUUUUUUUUCCCCAGAGAAUAUAGUAAAACAAAGACAAAGAAUCGUAUUUGUAAGGGCUGCAUUAUAUUUCGUAUUACUUGAAAUUUAGAUAAAGAAGAGCCAAUCCCUGUCUAUCAUAUCUCUCGAGUCGUUGUAUAAGCGCAGAGCGAUUACUGUUUGAUAACCGCAAACAGGCCUUCAUUUCCUGGAUUUGCAGCCUCCAGAACUUGAGGAUCAUGAUUUAUCUGAAGACAAAAUGAUAAUCUUAAUCAACAUCUUUUGCCUUUGCAUCGUUAGAAAUGAGAAUGCUGUGGAAGAGGAAGGAAUAUCUACUAGAAGUAUUGUGUGCAGGAGAACACCUCUUCCACAUUGUUAUGUUGAACAUGUGGAAAAAGUAUCGUGAGGACAUGUUGUGUGCAAUAAUGACCCUGCAUGUCAGGAGAG